CUCAUUCUCGUCUUCUGAAAAAGCCGGAAUCAAUCAUCCGCGAUGAGUAUAAAAAAAGUCUUUUUUAGUGAUGCUUGAAAGACGGCUUCGAGAAAGGGCUUUUUUUUUCAGUAAAGUUCAGCCUUUCCGCUAUCAGAACAAUUCACUCCAGAUGGGCGCUGAAUACGCUUUCGCGAUAGGUAUUGGUGGAGCUUGCGUAAUGUAGUUGUAAUUAAGGCUGCAUUUCAGUCUUUCUUUUUCUUCCUGCAAAGUGAAAAAUUCUCAGAUUCUUACUCUUUCUCCUUUGGAUCGGAUUCAGCCCCAGACCUUGGUACGUUGAGGUUAAGCUUUUCCUGGGUUUCCCGAGGGUUUCCCGAGGUUAAGUAGCCGUUGGUUUCUCAGCAAAUGAAGUUGUUGCAGGUCAUCAUCUGGAAGCAUGUUGUUGCAUUUAUACCCCCUGAACUUCCUUGUGCUUAAUGAAAAAGCCCCUCCCUUGUUAAUACUACUUGUCAACCAACAUCAGGGCAAAUUUGGAACAAAUUUUUUAUCUCACUUGUACAGCUAAUUUUUUAAUGGGAAUUGAAGCUGCCUGGACUGAUUUUGCAACUUAAUGUUCCUGUUGAGGGGUGCUAUCUGCCAUUUCAGAACUUAGAGGGGAGCUCAGUGCAACUGUCAGUAGUUUCAGGGGAGGUUUCUGCAAUUUUCCCUUCAAUUAUUAACUCCGAUGAUAAUCAUCCAUGCCUUGUACACCCAUUACCAGACACAUGGGGACUUUAUAUGUUUUUCUUUCUUCCCUCUUUUUGGUUUGAAAUUAGCACCUCCGCUUUUGUUUAACCUUGUGGAUUUUCAUUUCCUUUCCUUUCCCUUCCCUUCUAAGCAUAUUGGCGCAGCCUUCUUGUGGGUGAACAUGCUAAUGCGGUCAAAGAAAUUUACUGCUCCUACUACAAAUUCGUCAUCAAGCUACUGUCGCCUUUUGUAGUUAAUUACUAUUUUACUACCAGUCCAGUGUCAUGAUCAACGGUAAUAUGUUCGACCACGUUGUCGUACCUGGUUCACCAACCUCCCCAGAUUCAAAUGUUCUUCCUGCUGUCACUAUAGAUGUCAGCUUUUCCAGUUUCCCUCGAAAAAAGAAACUGGAUUCUCUCUCUCUCUCUCUCUUCUGUGUCCCAGAGGUAGAAUGCGGUGCGGCUCAAAACCCCAACCUUUCAGAAAACCCCAGCAAGAAAUCCAUUACCCUCUAGUCUCUACCCCUAAACCGUGUUUAAACUAGAAGAAUAUUAAAGCAAGCACUGCAUUAAUCACUCGUUAGCUCACAAGUCUUCUUUUUCUGCCGAACUCCUUUUUCUUUUCCUUUCUUUUUUGUUGUUCAGCUAGCCUCAGUCUCCUUAUGCCCUUCAUACUAAUCCCUUUGAACAACAACCUGCAUCUCUGUUUCUGGCAAUGAGCUCCUGCUAAAUCUCCAUUGGUAAAGCAUAUAUCGGCGCCUGCAGAAAACAUUCUAGUGAGAUUUACAUGCUGCUGAUGAAGGAGGGCAAACAUAUGAUUAAUGUCUCAGCUAUUUGGUAAUUUCCGUGUUUGAUCUGGUAGGGGAAUAAAUGGAUGCCAAUACUAAAGCUUCUAAGCAGAGUGGGGAAAUCAGCAUGGCAGAAAACAAGAAAACAUCAGGUGAAGUGGUUGUGCUUAUCUCUGGCGAUGAAAAAGAUCCUAAGAAUCCACCUCCAGCUGCUUCACCGGUGAGAGCAUCAGUUGAUUCUCCUUCAGGUGCUCAAAGGGCCGUGCCUGUAAGUUUUUCUUCCCCUGAAGCUGCUGGGUAUAGUCCAAGCGCCAAUAAGCCUCCAAAAAUUCCCACAACUGAUACCCUCACUAGGAGAAAAUCAAUUGCCAGGUCUGUCUACUCGAAACCCAAAUCAAGAUUUGGUGAACAAUCUGUCCCUGUUGAUACUAACAUGUUUGAUGAGGAUAUUUCUAUAAUUCAAGAGCAUGCUGAACCAAGUUGCAGUUCACCUUACAGAAAUUUAUCUAAUCAGCCUUCACCUAAUGAUAAAAUGGGUUCUAGUAAUGCCAACACAUUAAAAGAGACUAUUAGGAAUGUACCAAUUACCCCCAAGACACCGUUGAUGGCAUCACCUGGUGGUUUUGGAGGAGCAGAUGAGGAUGAGGAGAUUUAUAAGAAAGUGAGUCUCCGGAACAAAUUAAGAUAUCACAGAGUGAAAGUCAAGGUUUUGAUUGAAUGGUUUGUGUUUGCCUGCAUUUUGGGAUGUUUCGUAGCUAGCUUGACUGUUCAUAAGCUGCGACAGUGGACAAUUUGGGGGCUGGAGAUUUGGAAAUGGUGUGCUCUUGUAAUGGUGACUGUUAGUGGCAUGUUAUUUACAAAGUGGCUUGUUCUUUUUGCUGUGCUGUUGAUUGAGCUGGCCUUUUUGUUGAGAAAGAAGGUAUUGUAUUUUGUGUAUGCUUUGCGGAAGAGUGUGCAGUUCUGUAUGUGGUUGAGUUUGGUUCUUCUCACUUGGGUUCUGCUAUUCAGGAGAGGCGUUGAGCGAUCUCGCCUUGCCACAAAGAUUUUGGAUUACAUUACUUGGACAAUGGUAACUUUCCUCAUAGGGGCAUUCUUGUGGCUCUUGAAGAAUCUGCUGCUAAAGAUUUUGGCAUCUUCUUUUCAUGUUAAUGCUUUCUUUGAUAGGAUUCAAGAAUCAGUCUUCCAUCAAUACAUUUUGCUAACACUAUCUGGGCCUCCAGUUAUGGAGUCGGCUCAAAUGUUUGGCAGAAAAAAUAGUACCGUCAGUCAAUUUAGCUUCAGGAGAACAAAGGCAGGGAAAGAUGGAAAGGAAAAGAAGGAAAAAGCAGUUAUUGAUAUAAAUAAGCUUCAUCAGAUGAAACGUGAAAAGGUCACAGCUUGGACCAUGAAAAUGUUAGUGGAUGUCAUAUCUAAUACAGGUCUAACAACCCUCUCUGGUACCCUUGGCGAAAGUGUUUAUGAUGGAGGAAAUGAGCAAUCCGACAAGGAAAUUACUAAUGAAGAGGAAGCAAUUGCAGCAGCCUAUCACGUUUUCAGAAAUGUAGCUCAGCCUGGUUGCAGGUACAUUGAUGAGAUGGAUCUAAGGAGAUUCAUGAUUAAAGAAGAGGUGGAUAUUGUCUUACCAAUGAUCGACGUGGCUGAGACUGGACAGAUUGACAGGAAAGCUCUGACACACUGGGUGGUAAAAGUUUAUAACGGUCGUAAAGCCUUGGCGCAUGCUUUAAAUGACACUAAAACUGCUGUGAAGCAGUUGGGCAAGCUUGUUACGGCAAUCUUAAUUAUCAUAAUAAUAAUCAUAUGGCUUCUUUUAAUGGAAAUAGCGACGACCAAAGUGCUUGUCUUUCUGUCAUCACAGCUUGUGUUGGUAGCUUUUAUGUUUGGGAAUACUUGCAAGACUAUUUUUGAAGCUAUUAUAUUUGUGUUUGUGAUGCAUCCUUUUGAUGUUGGUGAUCGCUGCGUAGUCGAUGGUGUCCAGAUGGUAGUAGAGGAGAUGAAUAUCUUAACAACUGUCUUUCUCCGCUACGACAAUGAAAAGAUAUACUAUCCAAAUUCUGUUUUGGCUUCCAAGCCAAUCAGCAAUUUUUAUAGAAGCCCUGACAUGGGUGAUUCCCUUGAGUUCUCUAUUGAUUUCAAGACACCACUGGAAUUGAUAGGAACUCUAAAAGACAAAAUAAAGAAGUAUUUGGAGAAAAAUCCAUCGUAUUGGCAUCCUAAUCACAGUGUGGUGGUAAAGGAGAUUGAGAACGUGAACAAGAUAAAGAUGGCUAUUUUUUUUAACCAUACAAUGAAUUUUCAGGACUAUGGGGAGAAGAACAGGCGGAGAUCUGAAUUGGUUCUAGAGAUUAAGAGAAUUUUUGAGGAGCUAAAAAUCAAAUAUGACCUGCUUCCGCAAGAAGUUCGCCUAGUUGAAUCAAAAUCAGUAACAACUGGGAGCAGCAGAUGAACUUAUCAUCUUUGUCAAAAAUCAGUUUGUCUCUGACCUGUUGGAAGGGAGCAUUACUAGAUGCUGGAUGACUUAUAGGUGACACUUCCUGGGUAAACAGCAGUUCACUCUCAUGCAUUUCUGCUAGGGGCUGAUUAUACUUUCAUGUUCUUCAUUAUGUUGCAGAUACCUGUGGUUGAAGAAAUGAGAAGCUUACUUUCUUGCUGUUAGUGGUCUUCAGUUAAGCUAAAAGCAAUGUCGGAAGAGUUACUAAAUUUUGAGGGAUUAAUGGCUUACCUGAAACUCUUAAGACAUUUCUACUGGCACAUUUAUGUGACUAAAUGGGAGGAGUAGAAUUGUAUUCCGAAACUAAUCUAUUGUUAGUAGCCUGCUAUUGUAGUAGAAUGAUCUCAUAUAAAGCUUCUUGUGGAACCACGAUUGGAAACUCCAUGUUAUACAUGUUCCUAACUCAGAAUGCUUCUAGUUUUAA